AUGGACAGUACAGAGGCGCGACAGUACCUGCAGGGUCUCCUCAACAAGGAUCUGCGCAUCCACACCACCGACGGUCGCAUGUUUCGCGGCACGUUCAUGUGCACUGAUCCGGAUACAAACAUUGUCAUCUCCAAGACGCAUGAGUAUCGACAACCCUCGGCAAGCCAGCGCGCAGCCGCAGCGCAGAACAGCUCGGGCAGCUCAGUGACGCUGGACAUGACGUCGCGGUUUCUGGGGCUCGUGGUCGUCCCGGGCGAGCACAUUGUCAAGAUGGAAGUAGAACAGUUUGCCAGCCAGAUGAGACACUCUACAGCGAUUGUGUGA